CAUUGUGCAUUCUAAGAGCAUAACUACUAACUAGUCAUCAGAGGAGAACCUAGCUAGCCAUCUUAAAUAACUUUUUUUUUUGUUAAAUUAAUUUCGAAAGGGGUCUUCAUCAUCAUGGAGGUGAUCUGGGUUCGAACCAUAGCGCUGAUCGUGGCAGCUUGCAUGCUUCUUCCUCUAUCGGCUGAAGCCAUGGUUCGCCACUACAAGUUCAAUGUGGUGAUGAAGAAUGCAACAAGAUUGUGUUCCACAAAGCCCAUAGUAACCAUAAAUGGGAAAUUCCCAGGCCCCACAAUCUAUGCUAGGGAAGAGGACACUGUUUUGGUUAAAGUUGUUAACCAUGUCAAAUACAAUGUUAGCAUCCAUUGGCAUGGGGUGAGGCAGUUGAGGACUGGUUGGGCCGAUGGGCCGGCUUACAUAACCCAGUGUCCGAUUCAACCAGGCCAUGUUUAUGUUUACAAUUUUACCCUCACAGGGCAGAGAGGUACCCUUUGGUGGCAUGCACAUAUCUUAUGGCUUAGGGCCACUGUCCAUGGUGCCAUUGUUAUUCUGCCCAAGCUUGGAGUUCCUUACCCUUUUCCAAGACCUCAUAUGGAACAAGUUAUAGUAUUGAGUGAAUGGUGGAAAUCAGAUACUGAAGCUGUAAUUAACCAAGCUUUGAAAUCUGGAUCGGCUCCAAAUGUUUCAGAUGCCCACACAAUAAAUGGCCAUUCAGGACCUAUUCAGCAUUGUGCUUCACAAGGAGGAUUCAAGAUCCAAGUUGAAGCUGGAAGAACAUACUUACUAAGAAUCAUCAAUGCUGCACUGAAUGAAGAGCUGUUCUUCAAGGUUGCAGGGCACAAACUCACGGUGGUGGAGGUGGACGCCGUGUACACAAAACCAUUGAAGACAGACACCAUAGUCAUAGCACCUGGCCAAACCACAAACGUUCUGUUAAAGGCGAAUCGAGCGGCCGGCAAGUACAUGGUAGCAGCAUCACCGUUCAUGGACUCUCCAAUCGCAGUGGACAACAUAACCGCCACUGCAAUGUUACACUACAGCAGCUCAUUAGGUUCCACCAUAACCACCCUGGCUUCUCUUCCCGCCAAAAAUGCCACACCAGUCGCCACGAAUUUCGUCGACUCGCUAAGAAGCUUGAACUCCAAGAAAUACCCUGCAAGAGUGCCAUUGGAGCUUGAUCACUCAUUGUUCUUCACCGUUAGCCUCGGGGUGAACCCGUGCGCCACUUGCGUCAACGGAAGCAGAGUAGUUGCUGCCAUCAACAAUGUAACCUUUCUUAUGCCAAGAAUUUCUCUUCUAAACGCACAUUUCUUUAGUAUAGGCGGCGUCUUCAGUGACGAUUUCCCGGCGAAGCCUCCGGUGGUGUAUGACUUCACGGGCAAGAAACAGCCGGCGAAUUUGAGGACUGAUAGAGGGACGAGGGUGUACAGACUUGCUUACAACGAAACGGUUCAGAUAGUGUUGCAAGAUACCGGAAUGAUAACGCCGGAGAACCAUCCUAUUCAUCUCCAUGGAUUCAAUUUCUUUGUUGUAGGUAGUGGAAAGGGGAAUUUCAAUGCCAAAAGGGAUGCUAAAAAGUUUAACCUUGUUGAUCCUGUGGAGAGAAACACUGUUAGUGUUCCAUCUGGUGGCUGGGCCGCUAUAAGGUUCAGGGCUGAUAAUCCAGGUGUUUGGUUUAUGCACUGUCAUUUGGAAGUUCAUACAACAUGGGGAUUGAAGAUGGCCUUUGUGGUUGACAAUGGUAAAGGACCAAAUGAAUCUUUACUUCCUCCUCCAAGUGACCUACCCAAGUGCUAAGAAGAGUAGCAGUGGUUAUAUAUAAUGGUGAAAAUUUAUAUACAGUUGUCUACAUAUAAAUUUGAUUAAGUUGUCGUAUAAUAAUUUUUAACUAUUAAUUUUAUAUAAAGACAGCUAUAAAUAAAUUUUUACCGGAUAUAAAAAGCUUUUGCCUGCGGAGGGAUAAGGGGAAAUGUACAAAGGGAAUCAUCAAGGAUAAUUCUCUUGCAUUAUUGAGUCAAAGGGAUAAAACAUAAGUUGCUAAUAGCAAGUUAGCAACAUAUAUAAGACUAAUUAACAUGCUUUUAAUUA